CUCCUGACAGCCUCUGCCUGCCAAUGCAAACUAUUGCUACGCCGCAUUUUUAACCAACAAUGGCCUCUCACGGCCCCGACGAUCAUGGCAGUCCGGCGGCCGCGGGCUCUAGCCUGGUGCCCGAUACCGGCCCGGCUCACCACCCCACCGCCGACACGGAAGCGCUUGAGCCCGACGCGAAUGCCGAAGAGGAGGCGCUGUUCGAUGAUGGUGACUCGGCAUACAGCGAUGUCGCUUCAUCUACUACCUCUCUCAGAGACGAAUUGAUCUUGCAAGUGCGAGAGCAUGGCCGACAGUACCAGGGGUACAUGGAAGCGAAAUACGUCCUUCCCAUGGACGAGCAAGAGAUAGAGCGCUUAGAUUUCCAACACCAUCUCGUGUGGCUCACGCUGGAUAAAGAACUCGGAUUCGCACCGAUCAAAAAUGUGCAUCGCGCUCUCGACGUAGGCUGCGGGACGGGCAUAUGGGCAAUAGACUUUGCCGACGCCCACCCUGAGACGGAGGUCUUCGGAGUCGAUCUCGCGCCCGUUCAGCCAGCAAAUGUUCCUCCCAACCUGACAUUCGAAGUCGACGAUCUAGAAAAACCCUGGACAUUUUCGCGCAAGUUCAAUUAUAUCCACUGCCAACUCAUGAUCGGCGCAUUUCAGGACUGGCCAAGAUUUUUCAGACAGAGCUAUGAAUUCCUGGAAGAAGACGGUUACCUAGAGGUCCACGACAUCGACUUCGUAAUAAAAUGCGACGACGGCACUCUCCCCACCAACUCCGCGCUCGUCCGCUGGCACAACUACAUGCACGACGCAGCCUCCAAAGCCGGAUUCCCGCUCGACGCAAUUUCUCACGUGCCCGACAUGAUGAAGACCGCCGGCUUUGUCGACGUAGUAGCGACGCCGAUUAAAUGGCCCAUCAACACCUGGCCCAAGGACUCCAAGCAUAAAGAGCUAGGAAGAUGGGCGAUGGAGAAUUUCACGUGGGGAUGCGAUAGUAUGAGUUUGGCGCUGUUUACCAGAGCGCUCGGAUGGUCGGCAGAGGAGGUGCAUGUUUUUAUGGCGCUGGUGAGGAAGGAUCUGAGGGAUAGGAAGAUGCAUGCUUAUUGGAACUUCUGGGUGGUGUAUGGCAGGAAGGAGAAAUCUAGUAGUUGAGCUGCUGGCCGAAUCGGAAUCUGUAAAACAAAAAGUGAGAGGGAGACGUGGGCAAGAGCCCCACCCUAGCAUCAUUCCCCAGAAGUGAGCAGUCACAUUCACCAAGAUGGAACAGGACUAGUUCGCAAUUACGUAUGUCU